AAGAUCCAGACCAAUUGUUUAAGGUUCAAGAUAAAGAUUUGCCCCUCUCUUAUUAUACAGGGAUUCUUGGCAUGCCUUUAUGUUGGUUUUUUCAAGUUUUGCUCUCCCAAAAAGGGGGAAACUGUAUAUGUCUCUGCUGCAUCCGGAGCUGUUGGUCAGCUCGUUGGUCAGUUUGCAAAGAUCGCAGGGUGUUACGUUGUUGGGAGUGCGGGGAGCAAAGAAAAGGUCGAUCUCUUGAAGAACAAAUUCGGGUUUGACGAAGCAUUCAACUACAAAGAAGAGCAAGACUAUAAUGCAGCGUUGAAGAGGUACUUCCCCGAUGGCAUCGACAUCUACUUUGACAACAUGGGAGGGAAGAUGCUCGAAGCGGUGCUAAACAACAUGAGACUCAACGGCUGUGUUGCGCUUUGUGGGAUGAUCUCCCAAUACAACAACCUUGAGCAGCCCGAAGGCGUCCACAACUUGAUUAACGCAAUAGUAAAACGGGUCCGUAUGGAAGGAUUUUUCACUAGCGAUGUCACGACCGCACUUCCUAAGGAUAGAAAGUACGGUGGAUCGCGACUAAGGGGGGAAUUCAGAAGCGGGGAAGAAAGGGAAAUAACAAUCAAGGGGUAGCAGACAAGGAAGUACGACAUAUCGAUCAAAAUACGAAAUUUCAUUUAUCAACAAGGUUUCAAAUCUUUAAGGUACAU